AUGGAACUGGCGGCACAAGCUGCGCUUACGGCUUUGGGGCACGAAGAGACAAAAGGAUUCUCAGCAACAUGGAAGAAGAUUCAAAUCGACGAAGCCCUCGGCCUGGGGGAAGGAUGCCGUAUCGUACUUUCCCUCUCCAAGAUCGAACACUCGCAGUCUUGGAAGUUCUGCGUGAUGUCUUCAUCUCUGGCAGAUCCUCAACUGCGGCCAAGCAUGCAUGCAUCAGGAGAGGUUACUCUUGUAUCCAAACAAGACGCCGAAGACGACUCUGAAUUUCCCCAAUACGAAACCGCACUUCGCCACACUGUCCGACAGCUUCAAGCCGCUGAUGUAACCGACACCGUAGCACUUAGGGGUCCGCUGGUUUACUCAGUGUUUUCCCGUGUCGUCACGUACGAUGAGAUGUACAAGGGUGUCUGGGACAUUUUCGCUAAAGGGGAUGAAGCGAUCAGUCGAGUCAAGCUGGCUUCCGAGUGCAACCUCGAAGGAUUUGACAAGAUGAUAACGGACCCGUUGGCUUUGGACAACUUUGUCCAGGUGUCUGGCAUCCAUGUGAACGCUUUGAGUGGACUGUGUUCUGAGAACGAGGUUUUCGUUUGCACCCGAAUCACUAAGGUGGAGAUCCAUCCAAGCUUUUCGCUGACUCCGUCGAGACAAUGGAAAGUUCUGUCCAUGUACCGCGAGUACGACCCGAGGAAUAUCGAUAACGACAUAUAUGUUUACGACGAAGCAACCGGAAAAAUUGUUGUUGUCAUUCACGGCGCGAGAUUCACUCGGAUGUUGAUAAAAUCUCUUGUUCGAGCGUUGUCUUCAAAAAACGCAGGGGGGAAAGUCGGCGGCGUCGUUGUCGAAGAUUUUCAAGAGAAGAAGAUGGAGGACUCUGUCCCCGCGAUAGACUUUCAAUCUCAAACAGCCGUGUCACGCGCAGACGACACCCCAUCCAAAGUUGUCAGCGACGAGGAUGUCUUUUGCCUCCUGGCAAGAGUUGCAGAGAUCGAUCUCGGCGCCAUCGCAAACGAUGCUUCGCUUGCUGACCUGGGCAUUGACUCCCUCUUGUCGAGUGAGGUGCUCAACGAAGUCAACGAAACCUUUUUGGUCGAUUUGAGUGCGGACGAGUAUCAGAGUCUGCUCUCCCCCGUCGGUCAACGCCAUCAGGUUGAUGACCAGUCCGCCUACCCGAGGCGCUUCCCCCACAUUCAGUGA